UGAAACCAGGGUAUGCCUCCUGUACCGUAUCCUGUUUCAUCCCGUUUUCGUUGUUGUUUUUUCCCUAAAAUUUGUCUCGUAAAAUUGCUCUCCUUAUGGGCAAGUUGAGUCCGUGACAACAGAGAAAAAAGUACGGGAUCUGGGGAGAGUUAUACAUUCCAAUAUGGCGAACGUAGAACAAGCGCCAGUAUUCGCUGAACCAAAACGAGAAAUUUUGAAUCCUAGUGAUGUCGUUAAGUGGGAAAAGUCUCAGGCAUACAGUGAUUACCUUGGAUUUAUCCUCACACUGAAUGAUGCUGUUAAAGGGAAAACAAUGACAGUUGAUUGUCCUUCAUCAGAGGUCCUUUCCAAGUUUCCUGUUAUACAACACUUUGUGUUUGGGACGUUACUGUCUUUUGAAGAAGCAGAAAUAUUCAAGAAACCCUUGUAAAAAAUGUGAAUAUUUAUAUGGAAAUAAUAUUGACCUUUUGUUUUCAUAUUUAUCACGUUUACAGAGCCGAUAAAACUGUAUAUAAAAAUUCUUAAAGUGAUCUAAAGAAGAGGGCAAUGUGUUUCAAAAAGUUGCCAUAUUGAUGCAUGGGCGUUCGUGCACUCGACUGCAACUUGUAUGUGACCCAGUCCCUCUCCACCAUUUAAGUUCAGUCAAUUGCUUAGUCAUAUACAGCGCUUUACGUGACUUCAUUCAAUUUCUUACCAAAAUUAGAAGUUUGCUAUAGUUUGACAGCUGUCGCCAAAUUUUCUCUUGAGGUACUGUCAACACAUCAUUCCUCAGAAACAUUUCGACAAAAAAGCAUAGCUCAGAGCAUUUCUUACGUUUGCGGAAGGCAUGGCAUGGUAGACGUACCACAGCACAGAUGCGGGUCAUAUAAAAUUUUGGACGAUGGGAGGCGUGCGUGUUCGAAAGGAGCACUAAUUCUAAGACAGUCGUAAUAAACUAAUGAAGAAUAUUAUACUUCA